UCAGAUACUCUGUUGGAGUACAGGGGCUAUCAGUGGGGCACUGAGGAUACCCAAUAAUAAGAAAUGGUGGUGGUGAAACUGGGAGGGUCAGAGAUAUUGAUUGAAGGGAGGAGUUUUGCGCAUACUCAGUGAAAGAAUAUACAGUGCGAUAAUAACUACAUCUCUGCAUUUAUCGGGGCAGCCGUAAAUUCCCAGAGUGUUGGUUACUCAGGAGACAGAAUUGUUGGUAGACUGAGUGGUAGAGGAGGCCGAUGGCCCUGUUCGGGAUCAGAUUGACUCAUUGAAUAGGAAAAUUCAUCGACAAGAGUCUAAGACAGUUGGAAUAAAAGGGAUAACACGACUGGAAUAUCGAAAACUAUGGAGUUGAGGGUUCAACAACUGGAAUAAUGGCUCAAAGGAACAAGGUGUGACGGAGCAGUGGAUGAGCAGGGCCUGUCGGACUUAGCGGAAGUGAAUGUAACAACCGAGAGAGGAAAGACAGAGAGGGGCGUUACGAAUAAUAAAAUAAAGAGGAAAAUAAAGAGAGAAAAAAAAGUGAAAAGGAUAUUGGUCGCGCCCAACGGUGUGUAGUUAUGUCGGGUUUGGAGCUGAGUCAAGUGAGUCUGAUUGUUGGGAAAAGUGUGUGAAUUUCUUGACCGUCGUGUAAUUAAGGCCCAACAAAGGUGGAUCGUUCGAAUAGGGAAGCGGGUUUGUACUUAAAGGGUGAAAAUGUCUGACAGUGAGGACACUGAUGCCUCUGUGGUUACUGAGUGGCCAGUGACGCCUGUCACGAAGGAAUGGCUCGAGACCAUUCUCUUGAUAUAUCAUAAUGAGCAAAAAUCCAUUCUCACUGUCAAUGAUUUCGAAGUGAAUCCAGGAUGUACAGCGGGAGAGUCUGUACUGAGUGACAUUAUUGCUGUCAACAUUGAUUAUACUCUUGGUGAUGACAAUAUGAAGCUCAAUGUCAUUGUUAAAUUACUUCCCCAGGAUCCCUUCAAUCGGUUUUUCGUCACUGAGGCCCAGUUUGAUCUGAGGGAGAUCAAGUUCUACACACAGGUAGUGGGAGAACUGGAGAUAUUUCAGAAGAAUCACCGUGUGUUCCAGGCACAGCCCAUUGAACUUCCAAUUCCAAAAUGCAUUCAUGCUCACUACAAGCCAGCUGGUGGUACUGAGGACACACCAGAGCCACCAGAGUCAUUUUUAGUUCUUGAAAAUUUACGUGAUCGUGGCUACGAGGGUGCAAAAUUCUCCCGUGGAUUGACACUAAGGCAAACUGAAGCGGCAUUGAGUGCAAUUGCUUGUGUUCACGCAUUAUCAUUGACACUAAAGGUCAGAGAGGAAACGCCACUGUCCGAGCGUUAUAAAUUCUUAUUUCAAACAGCCCGAGCAACUGACUCGUAUCAGAUGCUGGUUGAACGUGGUCUGCCACAGUUGGCACAUUUUUUGGAACGUCGACCUGGUCUUGAAGCAGUUCUCGAGUCACUGCUUGCACUCAGACCCAAGACAAAGGAGAUUAUCUCGUCUUUACUUGCACCCGAGGGCCCACUGGCACUCAUCACUCACACAGACUUUUGGUGCAAUAAUUUGUUGUUCAAGAACGAUGACGAUGGAAAUUGCAAAUGCGCCAUUCUCGAUUGGCAAAUGGUCACCUACAGCCGACCAACCAAUGACAUUGCUCUAUUGCUCGUGAGCUCAGUACCCACUGAAUUGAGAAGAACUAAUACACCUGGAUUGUUGGACAAGUACUGGGAGACACUGACAACAACUUGUCGAUCAUUGGGUCUCGAUAUUAGCGAGGAAUUGGGGUAUGGAAGGGAUGAUCUUGAAAGGGAUUACCAAAGAUCACAACUCUUAGCUCUACUACUUUGCAUUGGUUCGGUCGACGUGGCAUUUGGAGAUCCACUCACUGAGCAGAGGCUCAUCGACGUACUCGAGGAUUUUCACAGGGAUGGGGUGCUCAAUGUCGACAGCAUCGAGGCAGCGAAGUAGAUUUUUAAUUUAUCGUCGAUAUGAGAUAUCAAGUAACAAGUCUUGUCGAUCAUCUUGAAAAUAAUGUAAUUGAAAGUGAAUAUAUGUGAUGUUUAUCCACUCUAUGUUUGGAGGGUUUGAGGUUAUGGUUAUUUGUAUUUGUUUCUUGGAUUUGUUUUUAUGAAAACAUAAGAGUAUUUCAGUAUUUGAG